AGCGGCGCCGUUUGUUGAUCAAAAGUCCUCAUCCCGCAAAAUUACUUUGUUUCGUUUACAACCGCUCGAUUCGUCAACAGAUCGGCAUUGACUGCUGCUCAAUUUGGCAAUUAAGAGGGACACAGACCUCUGAAGUACGUCGCGAAUCUCGCGGAGCUGGGGAAGCUUGGUGGAUGCAGCGUACACAGUAAACGGCCAGAUGAUGUGGCACUUUCCCAUCUCCCAAUACUCCAGAUUGCAGUUGUGGCGCAUUGCUCGACAAGGGACAAUCUUCAAAGCACGUGUGUGCCUCCCGGGCCAAAGGUUAUAAUUCACGGUUACGAGAUCGCUCGUUAUGGGGAGAGAGGGCAGAAAUUGAUGUUGUGGGUUGACACAUUUGACAGCAACUACUACGCGUUUUCGUGAUAGCAACGGGUCCAACCUCCCUACAAGUGGUGUGUCACAUCGACAACUACUCCUGACAUCGGAGGGAGCUACAGGUAAGCUCCAGGUUAGGCUGUGACUCGCACAUCCUCGAACGCUCUCUUCCAGGCGUUGUGUCUCCCUUGGACUCCUAUUAGGAGUCCCCGUGACUGUACCUACCAAAAAGGGGGUUCGUCCAAUGGUAGGUGCCUCUUCUACACCUUUUCGCAUCUUUACUGCCACAGACGCGUUUUGCAAUCCCGAUGGUCUGGUAGCAAUAUAACAAGUCGAAGUCAAGUGUCUGAUAGUACAUGUUCGCCGAAAGAAAGAAGCAGGCCAUGGUUUGUUGAAGAGUUGGUCCGGGCUCCUUCUAAUGGCUGCUCGAGCACUGUCAUGAUCCAGGCUUCAACCGUCGUUCUGACAGCAGUCCAUCGGGCUGUCUAAUCUCCCUCGACUCACCCCGACAACAGGCCCUCCACGAGCCCAUCACUGAACAUGGCGCCCUCAUGGAGUACCACGUACUAUAAGGAUACGAUGAUGGCGCCUGGGAAACAUGUACUUCUAGCUUGUCGCACUGGUUCUUUAUCGUCAAGAAGUCACUCUUUUAUUUUCUUUCGUUGCACAGACACUCACCACAGUCGCUCUCUUUACUGUGCCUUUAUCUUUCGCUGUUUCGCUUCUCGCACCCUCCCUCUUUCAUCCUUCUCGAGACUCGCUGUUUGGUUUUCGAUCCAGCCAGUUCAAAAUGAAGGUCUCUGCAUCGGCCUUCGUUGUGCUCGCCGCCAGCGGGCACGCGGCUGCCUCUUGGCUUGACUGGUCGGCCGAACAGGACACCACCGUCACCGAGACCCAGACAAGGACAGUGCAGUACUGCCCUUGCAAUGGGGAGGUUCGCGUCACUCCUGUUUCUCCAGCAGAGGGCGUUCAGAUCUACACCAAGACGGGCGGCGUCGGUCCUGCCCAAAAUGCCGCCCCAACUGGUCCCAGGACCAUUACCAAGGCCGGUCCUAUUGUCGUUGUCUACACCACCGAGGGAUACCUGACGACCAAGACCGGUAUUGCCAUUGAGCUCAUCCCUACCGGAGGUGCUCCUGGGGCUACCGUUACCAAGACCGUCUGGACUGGCGCCCAACCGACGAACGACCUUGCCUGGGUUGACUGGACUGACGACGAUGCGGCGGACGGCGCCACGCUCACCAGGACUCACACCGAGUACACCACGGUCUUGGGACCUGUUCCAACCAGCGAUACCCCCGAACCAUGGUCUGACUGGGUGGCGACGUCGAACCCUGUUCGCACUACAUCCACCACCUCGUCUGGUAACGGCGUUGGCCCAAUCGGUGGGUCAACAACGUCCUCCGGCUGGACGACUUCCACCACAUCCAGCGGCAAUGGUGUCGGCCCCAUCGGCGGCUCGACUACCACCAGCUCUAGCACCACUCCCGCCGCAAGCUCUACCACUGCUGCCACGACAACCACUACAGCUGUGUUAUCUCCUAUCAUGCAGACCACCACUACGACGUCGUCGACCACCGGUGCUGCUGGCACCACGACCAGCGCUGUGACUACAACUGCCGCUGCCACAACAACUACAUCGGCUCUCGUUACCACCACCACCACCUCAGCAGCCUCCGCCAUCCAGACUGUCAAUGUCGGCACCAACUACAUCUCCGGCAUUCUCGAAGCCCACAACCUUCACCGUGCCAACCACUCCGCUACCGAUUUGACAUGGUCCACCAACUUGGCCACCAUUGCUGGAGAGAUUGCCGCAACCUGCAUCUACGGCCACAACAUCACCGCUGGUGGUGGCGGCUAUGGUCAAAACAUCGGUGCUGGUUACACGCCUCUCCAGGUCCCAGGCAUGAUUGGCAACGAUAUGUACAACCGUGAGAUGCCCAACUACCCCGGCCCAUACGACUCCAACAACGUGGAUACCACCAACUUUGCUUCUUGGGGCCACUUCUCGCAGAUUGUCUGGAAGGGCACUCAGCAAGUCGGCUGUGCCACUCAAUACUGCCCCAACGGCCUGACCAACGCCGCCUAUGCGCAGUACUUCACUGUCUGCAACUACUACCCUCCUGGAAACAUCGCUGGCGCAUACGCCAACGUCGGUGCUCCCCUUGGUGAGCCCAUCACUGUCGUUAUCGCGCAGUAGAAGCAUCUCUUGUAGAAUAUGGAGUUGCCUACGCAUUCGAGGGAAUUGUUGGAGGGGUAAUUCUGUACGUCGACAGCAUCUGUAUUGUUAGAUUCAUUAUGGGGACCAUUUCGGGAUUCUUUUGCCUUUGGCGGUGUCAGCAUCGGAGAAGCGGAUGUGGACAUGCAUUUCAUGAAAGGGAACAGGCAGGAUAUUUAUCUUAUAUUUUACAAUAGGUAGUUGCCUGAGCAAGGUAACCUUACACCUUACCUUAUGCAAACCUGCUUAUGGACUGUCUCAUCAGCAGCGUACUUGAUGGAAGGAUCCUCGCUGGAGCUGUGGUGAAGCAGAAUAAAUUUCAUGCACAGGUGUCAACCUCUCUAAUCCAACGCCUGGCGCCGUGCUUCGUAGAAUGCAAGGAGACUAGUACAGGCUGAUUGUGAUGACUAUCGUCGCAAACUGUCGAGUCGAGCCUGUAAAUCAUCGUCCUCGGCUCCUCCGCC